GGGCGCGCACAUUCCUUUUGUCCAAGAUGGCGGAGUAGAUGCAUCUGAAGCGACGCUAAUGUUUGUCGUUUUAUUUUUAUCGGUGAAGCUCAACACCCAGGCGAACGUUUUUCCGUGCAAACGUUAGGUAAAGUCCUCCUCACGGAUGUACAAAAAUUCCUGAAGCCGUGAGAUUUCACCUCGGAGCUGAUUUUAUAUUUUUGCGGGGGGAGCAUCACUGUAAAAUGAAGCGGCAGGCCGAGCGCGACGCGAGUCCGUCCAGAACUCUCGCCAAACGCGUCCGCGAGCGAGACCGAGAGCGCGAACCGAACCCGCCGUUAGCGUUGCUGCUCGCGGAGAGCCGAAACUAUCAUAAACGAAGCCGCAGCCGAGAGCGGGAAAAACCGCGGGUCCGUGAAGAGAGAGAGAGUCUGCAUCACCGCCCGCAUCACGAACUGGGUCUGCUUGGUCGAGCCCCCCUCCGAACCACCUCAGUUCUGCCUAAAGGUAAGACUGUGACACCAGCUACAGAACCAGUGCCUACACGACUAGAAUACAAGACACUACUUAUCAGCAACCUUGGAUCUCAGCUUUCUGAUGAACAUGUGGAGGACGGACUGUUUCAUGAGUUUAAAAAGUUUGGAGAUAUGAGUGUUAAGCUGUCUCAUACGCCUGAACUGGGUCGCGUCGCAUACGUCAACUUCAGACACACGGAAAUUGCACGGGAAGCACGUCACGCCAAAACCAGGUUGGUGCUAUAUGAUCGUCCACUCAAAGUUGAACCCAUGUACAUGCGGCGUCGCAGUGUCACGCCUCCAGAUGUUAGUUAUGUAUCUCUACACAGUGCUGCCUACACCUACAGACAGCGGUCCCUGUCCCCCGGCGCGGGCAGCACUAGCGCCCUUCGAGAAGUGAGACCCAGGCAUUACGUUGAAGGCAUGGGUCUCAGUCGGGACCGCGUUUUGGACUAUUACAGCGCUUUGGAGGAGAGGAGCCGUGCGUAUGCAUAUCAGCUUCCUGAGGACGACUUAAAACCAGAGGACGAUCAGAGAGCCACGAGGAAUUUGUUCAUCGGAAACUUGGAUCAUAAUAUUUCUGAGGUGGAACUACGACAAGGAUUUGAGAAGUAUGGGAUUAUUGAAGAAGUCGUUAUCAAGCGGCCUGCUCGCGGACAAGGAGGCGCGUAUGCUUUUCUUAAAUUCCAGAACUUGGAUAUGGCUCACCGGGCUAAGGUGGCCAUGCAGGGACGUAUGAUUAACGGCAACCCGAUUAAGAUCGGAUAUGGGAAAGCCAAUCCGACGACUCGGCUCUGGGUGGGCGGACUUGGCCCGAAUACGUCUCUCGCUGCUUUAGCACGUGAGUUUGACCGCUUUGGGAGUAUUCGCACCAUUGACUAUGUGAAAGGAGAUAAUUUUGCUUACAUUCAUUAUGAGAGCUUGGAUGCAGCCCAGGCCGCUUGCGCGCAAAUGCGUGGUUUUCCUCUGGGCGGUCCGAACCGCCGGCUGCGCGUGGAUUUUGCGAAGGCGGAGGAGACGAGGGCGUACCCUCAACAGUACCAGCCGCCUUUGCUCCCGCCGCCUCAUUUUGAUAUUCUCCCUGAGGGUUACGGACGUCACCGCAGCCUAGAGAGGGAGCUGAGAGCAAGGGCCCGCUCACCGUCACACCCUCUGUUCGCCGAGCGAGAAAGAGAGCGCCUAUCGGAUCGGGACUGGAGUCCGCCAAAGGGACUGGAGCGGCGGGCCAACCCGGAAGCGUUUGGGCGGGUCCGGCAGCGCAGCCGUAGCCGCAGUCGAGAACGCUGGUUAAAGGAGCGGGACCUCGAGCGGGGGCUGGGGAAAAACUGGGAGGAGCGACGCAAGCGAAGGAGCCUGAGCCCCAACGACCGUCCCACCGAGGAGCGUGGACGGUCAAAGCUCAGAGGAGGGGCGCCGGCCACCCCUGAGGACAGUCCGGACCGGGGCCGCGGGCGUCUCCCGGACUCCACCUCAGAACCCCUCGAUCACACCCCUGACAUCAGCAGACACUUCAGCGACGAGCGUCCCGCGCAGGACGAGUCUUUGCAUCUGAGGAAGGACGAGCGGGAUCGCAACCACCGCAAAAGCGAAAGCGACCCGGACUCGCAGAUGGACAAAUCCAAAACGGACUCCAAAAAGCCCAGCACACUCUCCGAAUACGCCCAGACGUUGAGCCGCGUGUGGCACGGUUCUCUCGUCCUUAAAAACAGCUGCUUCCCCACAAACAUGCACAUGCUCGAGGGUGGCGUGAGCUUUCUCCACGCCCUCAUGAGAGACAACCAAGCAGGAGGCGCCAAGAUCACACAGCUUAAAAUUGCCCAGCGGUUGAGGUUGGAUCAGCCCAAACUGGACGAGGUGAUGCGCCGCAUCAAGCUAGGCAGCCCGGACAGCUACGCCGUGCUCCUCGCCGUCCAGGGGCCCUUGGACCGGGACGCCCCUCCUCCAGAACCAGGCCUUCAACAGCGCCUUCUCCGCAACCUGGUGACGUACCUCAGGAACAAGCAGGCGGCAGGGGUCAUCGGCUUGCCCCUCGGGGGCCCCAAAGAGCGGGAGACGGGGGGCAUGCUGUACGCCUUCCCUCCGUGUGACUUCUCACAGCAGUAUCUCCAGAACGCUCUCAAAACUCUCGGCAAACUUGAGGAGGAGCACCUGGUGAUCGUGGUGGUUAGAGACUCACCUUAACACUUUAAUUCCACCUCUAGAAAACGUUCCACACAGAUUUUAUGCCUUUUAUGAUUUUAGGAUGGACCUUUUUAGCUAAGUACUUCCAUACAGUCAUCAUUCCUUUCUUAACAUGUUUUAAAAUCAAAUAGCAUCCCAGAGAAGCAACAAAUGAGUUUUUUUUUUUUCACCUGUGCUCAAAAUCAUUGUAUUCUACUUUAAAAAAAAAAAAGUGUUUUAUAUAUUUGCAUGCACAAAGCAAUUUGACUGAAGUUCCCAUCCAGUGGUUUGCUAUAAUGGGUGUACUACGUACAUACUGGGCCUCAUUUUUUUUUUUUUUUUAAUUGUUUGUAAAAAUCAUGUGUUGGUGAAUCGUAGCAUUCGAUUCACUCUGACAGUUUACCUAAAAAAAAAAAGUUUGUCGAUUUCUGUUGACCGGAAUUCAAGUAUGUGGCUUUUUUACACAUUCAGUAACAGGUUUUCUCUCGUUGUCCGUUCCGCAAAAGAUCCUAGAUGUUUUUUGGUUUUUCCAGAAAUAAAACGGUGCUUGACAAGGCGGUAUGUUCAGUUCAGAUUUCAGCCGUUUGUGUCGUAACUGAUGGCAUCUACCUCUUUAACCAUGUAACACAUCAGGUAUGUUUGACGAAAUGAAGCGAGUCUUUGAGCCCAUUGCGUUUUAAUUGUAUGUUGUUAUAAAUAUGCACCUGCAGCACUAACAGAAAGGUCAUGUGACCAUACUUGUGUGUAACGAGUUACUGUAUUGAUCCAGACACACUAAUGUUUAACCAUUACGAACACUACGGUCUAAGCUCGUGUUUAUUUGUACACAGUGCCCUCCGCUGAAUGACUACUUGCCGAGUCAUUUGAACCCAUUGGUAAAACUGAGUCAACACACAUUUAAAGUGAGUUUUUAAACAAAUGUCAUGUGAUUUGACUUUCAUACUGACGUGUAAACCUCAAUCAAGUGUUAUUCUUAGAUUUUAGUUGAUAAUCAUGGGGUUUGAAGGUCCACCUGCCAACACUACAACCAUUUGCACUGAACGGUAAUUUUCCAUUGUUAAUUUUUAAUCGUGUUCUUUUGUUUUACAUCUCUUUUAACACUCCUUUUUUUGUAAUACUUUUAUAGGAAGUCUUUUUUUUUUCUGUCUGUAUGCGAAAACUGUAUGACGUAUAAAGAAAAGUAAACAUUUCAUGUGCUUGUUUUUAAA